AUGAACAAAAACAACACUGAAGCUCAUGGUCCUUGUGCAAAGUUUGACUAUUUUCAAUUGACUUAUUCCUAUAAUUUGUAUCACGAUUGCCACUGCGCCUCCCAUAAAUCACAUACAUUGUAUGUAUAUUUACCAACACACAAUUCCUAUGAUCAUUGCCCAAGUGAAAUAUGCCAUCUCAAAAACUGGUAUCUCUUUAAUUUUGUGUUGAUUUUCUUUUCAGAUGGUCUUGUAGUAUCACAUCUUCCAUUUGGUCCAACAGCUUAUUUCACUUUAUCAAACACAGUAAUGAGACAUGAUAUUCCCAAGAUUGGUACAAUGUCCGAGGCAUAUCCACACUUAAUAUUUCAUAACUUCAAUUCAAAACUUGGAGAAAGGGUAAAAAGCAUUUUGAAAUAUUUGUAUCCAGUUCCUAAAGAUGAUAGUAGAAGAGUGAUUACAUUCGCAAACCAAGAGGACUACAUCUCAUUCAGGCAUCACACAUAUAAGAAAGUAGAUGGACAGGUUGAAUUAACAGAAGUGGGACCAAGAUUUGAAAUGAAAGGUAAGUUGUCAACUUAAAAAUAUUUUUUCCCAUCUCUUUUUAAAGCAGUAGGCAAGGCAAGGUAAAGUCUGCAUACAAGCCAAAUGGCCCAUCAGGCCAGUGCUCAUCCUGGUUUCAGUUCUGAGUAUAAUGAAGCAAGUAGGAGUAUUUCUACUCCCCCCUGGAUGGGAUGCUAGUCCAUUGCAGGGCUACC